AUGUCGCUUGGCCCCUUUUGCCUUAUACCAGUCGAUAUUAGCAUAAGGAAACCCAAACAUAAAAUUCGAUCUACAUAUGUCAAUAGGCACCAUGACUGUUCUAUAACACUUCAAGCUAUUUGUAAUGCUAAGAAAAAAUUUCUUGAUGUUUUCACUGGGACCCCUGGAAAAAUGCAUGAUGCACGGAUUCUACAAAUGUCAUUUUUUUAUAAAGACAAAUAUUUGAAUCAAGUGUGUGGAUCCAAGUAUCAUAUAUUAGCUGAUUCUGCUUACCCUUUGGAAGAGAAUAUAAUAACCCCAUAUAGAGAUUAUGGUAAUCUUACUGUUACCGAAAAACAAUUUAAUAAAAAUCAUUCUAAAACAAGAGUUCUUAAAGAAAACACUUUCGGCCUUUGA